UCAUGAUUUGAUAAUCUGCUUUCUUGGAAUUGGAAGAUUUUCACCAAAAAAUGUUGUUUUCCUUCCCGAGAAUAUGCUGGUCGGUCUCUAACCGCGAAAGUGUUCGAUCAUAGCGCCUACAGACCUUUGAAAAGGGUUCAACCGCUAAAGCCCUCUGCAACGAAAUACCUAUCAAAGCCUGACUUCUGGCCUUGAACUUGAGACAGCGUCAUGUAAACCAAAUAAACUCUUACAAAAUUUUAUUAGUUUUGUGAAAACAGUAAAAUCCUGUCGUGCACCUCUCAUUUGGCAGAAACUGAGAUGAAAAUCACUAUAUUUGCCCUUUUUUUAAAGUAUCACAGAAAUCAUUAUAUGGUUAGGCAUGACGCUGUCUCAAAAUUAGAGACGUUUGUAUGGAUUUUGGGCCAUGCUUCAUGGUCCAUAACUUGGUCUCUGUUUACCCUUGGACACUUGAAUAAUCUCAACAUGUCCUUUCAUGUGGAGGCGUCAACAUUUCUCAAUUUACUUUGAUGACAGUUCGGUACCAAAUAUGCCACGUAUUUUUAGUUCUCUCCCAAGAUGUUGGACUCUUCGGACGUUUCGAUUUUAGGUAAGAAGAAACAACCCUCCAGUUACCUGAAACUGUGGAAGAUACUGGCUGUGGUGUCAACUCUGGUAGCUGUCGCUGUCACUGCUGUUUUGAUCUGGUACGUUCUAUCACACAAAUCAGAUUCAGAAAGCAACGAACAAGAAGCAGUCAAAAAUAUCCAGGAUACCUUGGAAUGCCCCCAGCUGCCGACACUGCUUCCCUUGCCCAAACCGACGCCUGAAAGAAUCACCGAGGUCUUCCAGAAAUUAGAAUCAGCCCUGAGUGCUUUAAUAGACAAGGGAUCAUCGCUGCCUGCCAUUUCUAUGAAUGUCUUUUACCAAGGUGAAAUUCUGUGGAGCGGCCACUUUGGAAGCAAGAUGUAUAAACAACCUGGGAAGAAACCCAACGACAGCACCGUGUACCGAAUUGGAAGCGUCACCAAGAUCUUUCCUGUUCUGAUGAUGUACAAGUUUUACGAAGAAGGCAAAAUCUCCUCGAUUGAUGAUCCUCUAAGCAAGUAUGCUCCUAAUUUUUUUAUCAAAAACCCUUAUACCAACGAAAACAUCUCACUGCGAGAAAUCGCGAGUCAAAUGUCAGGGCUACCUCGCGAGGCGCCAUGUUUGUUUAGCUGCAACACAACCUCUGCUGAACAACUCGCACUAUUGAAGAAUCGCUCGCUUAUACUCCCACCAUGGGUCCAGCCAUCUUACAGUAACCUUGGUUAUGGAUUGUUGGGCCGCCUCCUGACCGAGAACUUACUCCAGAAUGAAACCUUCGAGAGCUGGACACGGGAGAACAUUCUAAAACCCCUCGGGAUGGUAAACACAGGGUUUGAAAUCACAGACGAGGUGAAGAAGAACAUGGCCUAUCCGUAUCUUUGCGGAGGAAAAAGAACGCCGUUUAUGGAAAUUGGAUGGCUGGCUCCUGCAGGUCAGAUGUACUCAACCAUUGACGAUCUAGCUAAGCUUGGAAUGAUGUUUGCCGAACCCGAGAAACAAAAACUCUUCAAGCCCGCAACUCUCCGUGAAAUGAUGACGCCAAAAGACAUAACUCCAGAUGGUGUCACUCUUUGGGGCUCACCGUUUGAAAUGACUUUCAAAGAACACGUUCUUGUUCGCGUCAAAGAAGGAAACAUAGACACUUAUAACGCCAAGUUUACAGUUAUCCCCGAACUUGCUCUUGGAGCAAAUAUUCUCACGAGUUCAGUUUAUUACGUACAGCAAGAUGCGUCUAAAGUCUCAACUUUGCUGUACAGUCUCCUGAUUCCAAGACUGAACAAAACGCUGUUUGAACUUCAGCGUGAAUUCCACUUUCCGAUCAAUCCAGCGCCUUUUACUGGCAAAUUUCAAGUCAAGCAAGGCAAUUCCGUAUUCGGAACUAUACAGACUUACAAUGUUACUAUCAGUGAGUAUCAAAAUAUUCUGCGAUCUACGAAUCCACAUUCCUCAUCAACCACUGAGAUCAGGUAUAUCGGAGAGAAACUGGUUUUCCAGGCUAGAAGCCGUUACCCUGGGACGUCGUGCCUCAUGGAGCGCUUUGGGACACUAGCAGACAUGUAUUAUGAUCCCCCUGAGAAAGAUAAAUUGUCCCACGGUUUUUAUGUUCCACAGUGGGAGAUAGUUGCGAAACGGGUGAAAGCUACGAGCGACAGUUUUGCCGAUGAAAGCGAAGGUAACAUGGAGGAAUUUCUGUUUAACCCGUUUAAGAGAGCUUUGUUGUGAAUAUAACUUGAACAUGGCCGCUCAAUGUGGGAUUUUGAUUUCCUUUGAAUCAUUCACUCCCACACUCCCUGUUGCCACUAUACUUAACUUAACAUCAAUUAAUUCGGUUACAACUUUUCAACGUAGCGUCAGUAGUUGGAAUCAUAGAAUAGUAACGAAUAUCGAGAAAUACCGCGCCUAGUUUAGUUGCGCAAGGCGGUCUUCGCUGUUUGUGAAUAAAACCCUUGCUACUUAGCAGUACUUUCAUAUCAUGACACUGUUGGUUCAAACUUUUAACAGGGCUCGAAUUACUUCUGAAAUUCCUAGAAAUUAGAAUUCUGGGAAUUUGUAAUUUUAUGUUAGGACCCUGGUGAACUCCUAUAAUUUUAAAGUGGUAGCAAAAAAAAAAAAAAAAAAAAAAUGAGUCGUUGUAAUGUACCUUGUCCAUAAAGGAACAAGGAUGGUUGAGGAUUGAAAAGAUUGACACGGAUUACGCAAGGAUUACAAAUUCCUGGAUGCCGUCAGUGGCGGAUCUCCCCUCCCCCUUAUUUUGGGUAAAAUAAAUAAAAAAAAAUCACAGAAGGAAGAAAAGCCGACAGGGCAAGCAAAAACAACCACCACCCCUUUAGCUCAAGGUCUGGAUCCGCCACUGGCCAUUAUCUCUGACAAGAUCGCACUAAGCUCUGCAGACAAGCCCUAGUGUGUGAUCAACCACAAGAACGCUGUUUCGUGUGGUACUUUGUACAAGGUGGUUCUAACUUUUUAAAUCUGUGGAUCAAACCCAGUGUAUAUCAACUGUUAUGAACCAGUAGAAUGAAGUGGCAGUGUUUCACUACGCUGUUAAAUAUCGCGUGUUUGGAUGAUGCUCAUUAAUACCCUAGCUUGUAACCCUGCCUCAUUAGACUAAAGGCUGAAUAUUCAUAGACAUAAUAAUUGUUUCAGACUGUUAGUCAAUAAUCAUAAGUUUAAUUACGUGCAUUGUGAUGUAACAGGGUUUACCAGGGGCAGGUAUAGAAUUGUUGUUCUUAGCUAAAGUAAUUUCAGUCGAGAAGUAUAUAUAUUUGACGACAAACUAGACAAGCUAGCAUCGUACAAAGAUUAUUAGUAAAUAGAUGAUGUAAGUGCGAGUGAAAUAAUAUUCACAGCAAUGUUUA